GCCCCACUUCCGCUGGGGCCGGAGCCAAGGGAGGGCGAAGCAAGCGGCUGCAGCCGGAGAGGAGCUCAGCACCAGCGGCGGAGGAAGACGACGACGAAGCAGCGGCAGCAGCAUUAAGCCUCCCACCCCCCACCUCAAGGUAGCACAGCCAACCGGAAACCAAAAUGUCGGACUCAAAGUACUUCACCACCACCAAGAAAGGGGAGAUAUUUGAACUGAAGGCUGAACUGAACAGCGAUAAGAAAGAGAAGAAGAAAGAAGCCGUGAAGAAGGUGAUUGCGUCCAUGACGGUGGGCAAAGAUGUCAGCGCCCUCUUCCCGGAUGUCGUGAACUGCAUGCAGACUGACAACCUGGAGCUGAAGAAGCUGGUUUACCUGUACCUGAUGAACUACGCCAAGAGCCAGCCGGACAUGGCCAUCAUGGCUGUCAACACGUUCGUCAAGGACUGUGAAGAUCCGAACCCUCUCAUCCGGGCCCUGGCCGUGCGUACGAUGGGUUGUAUCCGAGUCGAUAAGAUCACAGAGUAUCUCUGUGAGCCGUUAAGGAAGUGCCUGAAGGACGAGGACCCCUACGUGCGCAAGACGGCUGCCGUCUGCGUGGCGAAGCUUCACGACAUCAAUGCGCAGCUGGUGGAGGACCAAGGAUUUCUGGAUACCUUGAAGGACCUCAUCUCAGACUCCAACCCUAUGGUGGUCGCCAACGCAGUAGCCGCCCUCUCGGAGAUAGCCGAGUCCCACCCGAGCAGCAACCUGCUGGACUUGAACCCGCAGUCGAUCAACAAGCUGCUGACUGCCCUGAACGAGUGCACGGAGUGGGGCCAGAUCUUCAUCCUGGACUGCCUGGCCAACUACAUGCCCAAGGACGACCGCGAGGCCCAGAGCAUCUGCGAGCGGGUGACGCCCCGGCUGUCUCACGCCAACUCCGCCGUGGUCCUUUCGGCCGUGAAAGUGCUGAUGAAGUUCAUGGAGAUGCUCUCGAAGGACCUGGACUAUUACGGCACCUUGCUGAAGAAACUGGCGCCCCCGCUUGUCACCCUGCUGUCGGCGGAGCCUGAGCUGCAGUACGUGGCACUCCGGAACAUCAACCUUAUCGUGCAGAAAAGGCCAGAAAUCCUCAAGCACGAGAUGAAAGUCUUCUUUGUGAAGUACAACGACCCCAUUUACGUCAAGCUGGAAAAACUGGAUAUCAUGAUCCGCCUGGCUUCCCAAGCCAAUAUUGCGCAGGUGCUUGCGGAGUUAAAGGAGUACGCGACGGAAGUGGACGUGGACUUCGUGAGGAAAGCCGUCCGAGCCAUUGGCCGCUGCGCCAUUAAGGUGGAGCAAUCCGCGGAGCGCUGCGUGAGCACCCUGCUGGACCUCAUCCAGACCAAGGUCAACUACGUGGUGCAGGAAGCGAUCGUGGUCAUCAAGGACAUUUUCCGCAAGUACCCCAACAAGUACGAGAGUGUGAUUGCCACCCUGUGUGAGAACCUGGACUCCCUGGACGAGCCCGAGGCCCGCGCCGCCAUGAUCUGGAUCGUAGGCGAAUACGCCGAGCGCAUCGACAACGCAGACGAGCUGCUCGAGAGCUUCCUGGAGGGCUUCCAUGACGAAAGUACCCAGGUGCAGCUCCAGUUGCUGACGGCCAUCGUGAAGCUCUUCCUUAAGAAGCCCACCGAGACCCAGGAGCUCGUGCAGCAGGUGCUCAGCUUGGCUACGCAGGAUUCAGAUAACCCCGACUUGAGGGACCGGGGUUACAUCUACUGGCGCCUGCUUUCCACUGAUCCGGUGGCGGCCAAGGAGGUGGUUCUGGCGGAGAAGCCGCUGAUCUCCGAGGAGACCGACCUGAUCGAGCCCACCCUGCUGGAUGAGUUGAUCUGCUACAUCGGCACGCUGGCCUCUGUCUACCACAAGCCCCCCAGCGCCUUCGUGGAGGGCAGCCGGGGCAUCGUUCACAAAAGCCUCCCGCCACGGACGGGCUCGAGCGAAAGUGCAGAGAGCCCGGACGUGGCUCCAGCCGGGGCUCCCCCCUCCGAGCAGACGGCCGUCAUCCCCACGCAGGGUGACCUCCUGGGCGACCUCCUGAACCUUGACCUCGGACCGCCUGUGAGUGGCCCUCCGAUCGCCACAUCAUCCGUGCAGAUGGGAGGUGUGGAUCUUCUCGGCGGAGGCCUGGAUAGCCUGAUGGCCGGACCCAGCUUCACGGCGCCCAGCGCAGUCAUGCCCAGCAACCUGGGGGCGCCCCUUGGUGGGGGCUUGGGGGACCUCUUCGAUCUGGCUGGCGGCGUGGGGGGCCUGUCCGGAUCCUACGUCGCGCCCAAAACGAUCUGGCUCCCAGCUGUGAAAGCCAAAGGCCUGGAGAUCUCUGGAACUUUCAGCCGCCAGGUGGGAACCAUCUCUAUGGACCUGGUGCUGUCGAACAAGGCCCUGCAAGUCAUGUCUGACUUUGCCAUCCAAUUCAACCGGAACAGCUUCGGCCUGGCUCCCGCGGCACCCCUGCAGGUCCAUGCCCCCCUGGCUCCGAACCAGAGCGUGGAGAUCUCCCUCCCCCUCAACACCGUCGGGUCGGUCAUGAAGAUGGACCCCCUGAACAACCUCCAGGUGGCAGUGAAAAACAACAUAGAUGUGUUCUACUUCAGCACCCUCUACCCUCUGCACAUACUCUUCGUGGAAGAUGGGAAAAUGGAGCGACAGAUGUUCCUGGCCACCUGGAAGGACAUCCCCAACGAGAAUGAAGCUCAGUUCCAGAUCAAAGACUGUCCUCUCAGCUCAGAUGCCGUUAGCAGCAAGCUUCAAGGCAGCAACAUCUUCACCAUCGCAAAGCGGAACGUUGAAAGCCAAGACAUGCUGUACCAGUCGCUCAAGCUGACCAACGGCAUUUGGGUCUUGGCGGAGCUGCGGAUCCAGCCAGGGAAUCCCAACUUCACGCUGUCCCUGAAGUGCCGCGCCCCCGAAGUUGCUCAGCACGUGUUCCAAGCCUACGAAACCAUCCUGAAGAAUUGAGGCCUCCGGGCACCGCCACCCGCCCUCUCCCCCCUCCCUCUCCCCCCCCCCUCUCCCAGAAGAUUUUUAUUGGGACCAAGAACCCUCCGGUCCUGCCUCCUCUUGCCUGCGGAAGGAAUAAACCUGAGAUGCGAGAUGGAACACCGCCGUUUGGGAGGCCACCGGACGACUCAAACUUAACGGAGUCGAGAGCGGCCAGGCUUUGGGGAACGGAGAGGUGCCAGAGAGGACGGGAGAUCUUGCUGCAUAUCUCUGCGUGUGUGUGCGUGUGCAUGUGCGUGCGUGUAAAAGUCAUGCCAUGUCCCUCUGCUGAUGUUACCCCUUUCUCAAUUUUUGGCCCUUUGUACAUGUACAGAAGUUGACGGUGUGAGUGUGAGCGUGUGUGCGUGUGCGUGCACCAUGCUGCAGCUGCACGAGGAGAAGUCCUGUGCACCUUUUUAGCGUCACCUCGUGAUCUUGCUAGCCUCCCAACCAAAUAAACAAUCAAUGCUCUUGAGUGCUGGAAAAGGAA